UUAGACCUGAAAUUAAUUUAGGCUAUUACUGAGCCAGACUUUGCUUUCCAUUUUGUUCACUUUCCAUUGCGUGGAUUGAAACACCCCUGUAUUAUCCAACAGUGGUAUCGUCCAUUAAAAUAUAUAGUCCUCAGGUGUGUCAACCCAUGUAGGCCGGUAAACGACCUGCCUGCUCGGUUUUGCAUUAUCAAAACGCCGGCAUUGCUACAAUUAAAGAUGGGGGAAAGGAUACAAGUACAAAAAAGCUUUAUUUGUUCUUUUGUCAACUGCAAUGCCACCUUUAAUAAAUCAUGGAAGUUAGAUGCCCAUCUUUGCAAACACACAGGUUUGAAACCCUUCUCGUGUGAGAACUGUGACAAGAGCUUCUGUACCCGCUACCAGCUCACCAGACAUGGGCUGAGCCACAGUGGAGAGAAGCCAUACACGUGUCUGGCUGCAGGAUGCUCCGAGGCCUUCGUCACACAUGCCAGCAUGAAGAACCACAUGGCUCGUGUUCACCAGCACCAGGAGAAGCACUAUAAGUGUGACCACGUGGACUGUGGGAUGGAGUUCAAGAAGAAAAACAAACUCAAUAUACACAAGAUUAUACACACACAACUGCUGCCCUUUCAGUGCAACUUUGAGGGCUGUAAGAGAGAAUUUGCUGCUCCCGGACAACUAAAGCGCCAUGAGAAGGUGCACAAAGGUUACCCCUGUGCUGUGGAGGGCUGUCCAUUCCAGGGGAAGACUUGGUCAGAAUAUCAGAAGCACAGGAAGGCUGUGCACAGAGUCAAGCUGCAGUGCGAUAGCUGCAGUAGGAUGUUCCUGGAGGCAUGGUUCUUGAAGCAGCAUCAGCUGCGGGUUCACUCCGGUGCGCCCAAGAGGGUGUUCCAGUGCUCCGAAGCUGGGUGUGGGAAGACUUUCACCACACACUUCAACCUGGAGAACCAUGUCGUGUCAGACCACGAGGGCAAGAAGCCCUUCUCCUGUACCCACGCAGGCUGUGGCAAGAGCUUCGCUAUGCAGGAGAGUUUGAGACGACACCGAGUGGGUCAUGACCCAGAGAAGAAAAAGCUGCAGAAGGUACGCCCUAAAAAGAGCAAGCCGUCGCGUCAGAAGACUGAGUUGGCGACAGCAUCCACACAGGCUGAGACCAGCAGACUGGCUGACAAACUCCAUAACACCAGCUUGGGCAACUCUACGCCAUAACACUGCUUGGGCUACGCCACACUAACACUCCUGCUCUGACCUGGACUGGUCCAUCGGAACCAUGGGGGUGUUCUGAAACCUGUGGAACAGGAACCUAUUCUUUGCUCCGUGUCAAGUAUUUUUGUUCAGUUAGUUUUCAGGAGCAAAAUCUUUCAGUUAUGUAUCAAACACUUAUCAAAUAAAUCCUCACUACUGCAUCUCUG